CCCCCGUCAAGGCCCAAAAGCAAUCCGAAGCUAAGCGCUAGUUAGAAAAGCAUUUUUCCAGUCCACUCGUCUCAUGUAUGAUGUCGGCUCCAGAGUUCCUCCAUUGCUUCCAAUUCCUCUUCUUUUAAGGGGAGUGUGGAUUGAUUCGUACUAGUCAACACCCAAUCAAGGAUAACCAAAGGAAAUAGGAAUGGAGAGUGCUAGAAUAGCAAGGUGUAGUUAUCGUGCAGUUACUGUUGUCAUUGAUUUGUUGGAACACAGUAAAUAUGCAGAUAUCUGUAAAGAGAUAUGUUUAAGGUUUAAACAACUGACAGUAGGGAGUUUUGAGCUGACAUAUUCUCUUCCUGAGCACCCUAAUUGCUUGCUGCAAUCAGAUAUGGAUGUGCAUUUGAUGCUUAUGUGUUUAUCUAUGUUGAAGAGUAGUUUUGUUGACAUUUCGGUCAAGGAUCUUGUAAGUUCAAAUAAUGAGGAUGGCAAUAUUGCAGCGCCUAAUCCUCCACCUCAGUGUCGUGCUGUUUGUAAUUAUGCAGCUUCUGAUCAGACACCUCAUACUCAUAGUCAUGCAGUUUCUAAUCAUGAAGCGUGUGAUCAUGAUGCAACUAAUCAUGCAACAACUGAUCAUCUAGCUUCUGAUCAGGCAGCGUCUAAUCAUGCAACGCCUGGAGCACCUAAUCAUGCAGCACCUGGAGCUCCUAAUCGUACAUUGUCUGAUGAUGCAACAUCUAAUCUGGCAACUUCUAAUAAUGCACCAUCUAGUGAUGCAACUUCUAAUCAUGCAGCUUCUCACCGUGCAGCGUUUAUUGAUGUAAUAUCUAACCAUGAUGUGUCCAAUCAUGAAGUAUCUAAUCACGUAGCGUUUGAUGAUGUGAUAUCUAAUCAUGCAUCGUGUGAUGAUGUAAUAUCUAAUCAUUUAGCGUCUUCAUCAUGCAUGUUAGAUAGCAUCUCCAGAUUUCAGGAAAGUGAUACACACUUGUCUCAGGGUUGGAAGGAAUACAUUGAUCAUGUAGGCCAGAAAUUUGAAGGGGGUGCAACUGGAUUUCGUACGAAGUUGUGUAUGUAUGCCUUUGCGAUGGGAUUUCGUUUUGCUUAUGUAAAGAAUGAUAAGGACCGUGUUAUUGCUGAAUGUUUUAAGAAGAUUUCAGAUGGCUGUAGUUGGCGUGUAUAUGCUUCAGUUUGUCGGUUGAAUGGUUUUUUCUACAUAAAGACUCUAAAUAAUGUUCACACUUGCACGGGUGUUAACCGUGAGGAGAAAAGUAAGAUGAUGAAUGCAAAGAUCGUAUCUUCUAUUUUGGUUGAUCAAAUCCGGGGGAAACCGUCUAUUAAGCCAGUAGAUAUUGUCAAGGAUUUUAAGCAGAAUUAUGGUCUUGAUAUCCCUUACCAUACUGCAUGGUACGCAAAAGAAAUGGCUAAGAGUGAAGUUCAUGGUGAUGAAUCCUCAUCGUAUAGUCGAUUGGUUGGUUAUAAUAAUGUUUUAAUGUCAAGCAAUCCAGGGUCGCAUUGUGUCUUGGAUUGUGAUCCCAAGACUUCUCGCUUUCGGAGAUUGUUUAUUUGUUAUGGUGCUUGCAUUGAAGGUUUUCAGUGGUGCAGACCGUUGUUGUUCGUAGAUGUGACUGUUCUAGAAAGUAAGCAUGAAGGCCAACUAAUUGGUGCCACCGGGAAGAAUGGAAAUCAAGGAUCGUUCCCCUUUGCGUUUGCUAUUGUGGACUCAGAAAAUGAGGAAAAUUGGAGCUGGUUCUUUGAAAAUUUAGCUAAAAUUUUGACCCCGCAAGGUAGGACAGUUACAUUUGUAUCUGAUCAGAACAAAGGUCUCGUUGAAGCUGUUUCAAACAUAUUUCCAACAUCCCCUCAUGCAUUUUGCUUGCAAAAUUUGAAACAGAACCUUUUAUCUAAAUUUCCAUCUACUUAUGGUAAAUUUUUGCGGGAUCGAAUUGUUGAUCUUUUUUCGAAAUGUGCACAUGCUCCCACUAAAGCUGCUUUUGAGGUUAAUUUGAGAAAUUUGAAACAUGAGGGUGGUGCUCCUGUUAUGACCUUUCUCGAGGAUCUUCCUAAGGAGAAGUGGUCAUAUGCCUACUUUAAGGGUAAUCAAUAUGGUGAAACAUGCAACAAUGUUUCAGAAACAUUUAAUUCUUGGAUUUUGGAGCUAUGUGGCUUGCCCAUCUUUCAUAUGGUUGAUGGCAUCAGGAUUAAACUCAUGAGAAUGAUGGCUGAGUUGAGUCGUGAAGCAGAGCAAUGGUCUUCUGUUCUAUGCCCUGAGAUGGAGAAAACCUUGAACGAAAUAUUGAUGCUUGGUAGGAAUUGGAAUGUCAGUCGUUCUACUGCUUCUGUAUAUGAGGUGCAUGCCGAUUAUUCUGUUAUGGUUGAUCUGCAUAAUCGUCUAUGCACCUGUCAUGAGUGGCAAAUUAAAGGCUUUCCAUGUGUUCAUGCACUUGUUGCUGUACAAAAACAUUCUGGUAUCAUUUAUGAAUAUAUUGAUGACCUCUUCAAGUCAAGCUACUUUAGAAGUUCAUACGGGUUUCGUAUCUCUCCUGUACCUGACACUAAGAACGUGAUGGAUGAGGGUUCAGAAGAUGUUAUCAUGCCUCCGCCUACUAAGAAGAGAAGAGGUAGACCAAGGACUAAAAUGCCAAAAUCUCUUGGUGAAGUUUAAAAGGGGUAAAUUAAAUGUUUUGGCUGCUGAAUGAAGAUAAUAGCUUUUGGAGAACACAGGAUGAACUGAGUUUACCGAAUUGUGUAAAUUUUAAGAAUAACUUAAGGAUUUUUUUUCAGUAAAGUAAUCAAUUUAGAAACAGAAAAGUAAGGACUCUUCGAGCUCUCUCUUCUUGCAACCCUCAACAAUAUCCUUCAGUGAUAAUAUUUUCCAACAAACCAGGUGUAUUGAUUGAUUAAAUCAGGUGGGAUAAAUAUUCAAAUAAUGUGCUGGGAUUUCAAUAAACUCGAAGCUUAGAAGUUUUCGUCUUGUUGGAUGGAUGAUAUGUAAAUUGUAUUUUCGUUAUUCUUAUAAUCAAUUAGAAUGCAUUGGGGGUCGAUUUGGUUUUAUGGCGGGUGCAGUACAUCCAAGUUAAGAUUGAGUUCAUUCUGUUCGUAUUGCUGUAGGUUCCCAGAUCCUUCGGAAUCUCGUUAACUAGUUUUUCAGAACUUGACUUGAGAUGGAUGGUGUUCAAGUUAUAUUAGCUUUUAACAAUCUGGAUUUUACCAAUUUCGUUAUUGGGGUCAUGAACCAGAAUGGAGUUUUUCUUUUUCUUUUGAUUUUCUGUCACUUGUUUAUACCUUAUGACAUUUUAUGUUCAUUCCCAA